UGCGGAUCCCACGUCCCGAAGGGGUUAAAGCUCCGGUCCCUCCCCUCCCUUCUCCUCCCCCGGCUCUGGGAUAAACCUGGGGACCAACCCGGGAACCAAACCGGGAACGCGCCCGGAACCCGCCUGGCCGCUCCGCCCGGCCCGGCCCGUCCUGCCCCGACCCGUUCGGCCGGUCCUGCCGGAGCCUCCCUGCCCCGAGCGCGGCCUUCGGCUCCGUCCUCCUCAGCGUUCUCCAGCCUCUUCCAACCUGGUUCAGCCGUCUUCAUCCUCCUGAGCCUCUGCAGCCUCUUCCAACCGUCCUCAGUCUCCUCCAGUCGUCCUCGUCCUCUUCAGCCGAGGACCUUCUCCAACCCUCUUCCAAACUUCCUCCAAUCUCCUCAUCCUUCUUCUAACCUUCUCCAUUCCUCCCUGCAGCCACUUCAUCCCCCUCAGCCUCCUCCAACCCUCUUCCAACCUCCCCGACCUUCAUCCACUUUCCAACCUCUUUCCAAACUCCCUCCUGUCUCCUUUCCCAGCUUCCAGCCUCCUCCCAAUCUUCUCCAGAUUACUUAUCCUCCAGCCGACCUCCUUUCCCACCUCCCACUUUCCAAGCUCUCCCCAGCCUCUUUUCCCACGUUCCCGUCUCCUCUGGCCCCGAUGUCUGUCUCCAUCCCCCGGCAGCCGCUCCGGAGCAGCUCGGCCGUUCGGGGACGUUCAUUCUCGUCCCGCUCCUUCACGGCUGUUCCAGCACUGAGGAUGAGCACAGCCCCGGCCUUCGGCCCUUACGGGGGGCUCCGUGGCGGCUCCGGGGGGCUCGGGGGUCCCUCGUGGGUCCCGGGGGUGGGCGGAGGGAUCACGGCCGUCACCAUCAACCGGAGUCUCCUGGCGCCGCUGGACGUGGCCGUGGAUCCAGAGCUGCAGGAGCUGCGGCGGGAGGAGAAGGAGCAGAUCAAGACCCUCAAUGAUAAAUUUGCCGCCUUCAUCGACAAGGUGCGGUUCCUGGAGCAACAGAACAAACUCCUGGAGACCAAGUGGGGGCUCCUGCGGGCACAGCCCCCACCCCGCAGCAGCCUGGGAGGGCUCCUUGAGGGCUAUGUGGGGACCCUGAGGCAGCAACUCGAGGGACUCGGGCAGGAGCGGCAGCGGCUGCGUGCAGAGCUCAGCCAUGUCCAGGGGCUCGUUGAGGAGUUCAAGGCCAAGUAUGAGGAGGAGAUCAACCACCGCACAGAAAAGGAGAAUGAGUUUGUCCUGCUCAAAAAGGAUGUGGAUGAAGCCUACAUGUCGAAGGUGGAGCUGGAAUCACACCUGGAGAGCCUCACAGAUGAGAUAAACUUCCUGCGGCAGCUCUAUGAGGAGGAGCUGCAGGAGCUGCGGACACAGGUGUCGGAGAUGGCCGUGGUGGUGUCCAUGGACAACAGCCGCCAGCUGGACAUGGCCGGGGUCCUGGCAGACGUGCGGGCACAGUACGAGGACAUCGCUGGCCGCAGCCGUGCUGAGGCCGAAGGUCUCUACCAGGUUAAGUACGAAGAGCUGAAGACGGCGGCUGGGAAGCAGGGCGACGACCUGCGUCAGACCCGGAGCCAGAUCCAGGAGCUGAACCGGCGGAUCCAGCGGAUCCAGGCAGAGAUUGAGGCUCUGAAAAAUCAGCGCUCUGGGCUGGAGGCGGCAGUGGCGGAGGCCGAGGAACGCGGGGAGCUGGCACUGAGGGAUGCCCGGGCCAAGCUGGGGGGGCUGGAGGGGGCCCUGGCCCAGGCCAAGCAGGACCUGGCCCGGCAGCUCCGGGAAUACCAGGAGCUCAUGAAUGUCAAGCUGGCUCUGGACAUUGAGAUUGCAACCUACAGGAAGCUGCUGGAGGGCGAGGAGAGCAGGCUCGAGGCUGCUGUGCAGAACCUGAGCAUCCACACCAAGACUUCGGGAUACCUGGGUGGAUUUGGGGGAGUUUUCAGGGGGGAAUUUGGGGGGGCCUUUGGGGGGGCUGUGGUCAGCUCGGGGUACUCAGUGCCCCCCCCACCCCCCGAGGCCAUGCCCCCCCCAAAAUCCCGUGCCAUUGUCAUCAAGAAGAUCGAGACCCGUGAUGGGAAACUUGUGUCUGAGUCCUCUGACGUCCUGGAAAGCUGAACCCCCUCUCCUCGGGGACCUCCAUUCGUUGGCUUGGCCAGCUGAGCUGAGCCCCUCCCUCUCCUGAGCAGACCCUAAAUCCUGACCUGCUGAGGCCCCCAGGGCCCCCACUUUCUGGGGUGUUCUCCAUGUCCCCACAAACCAAACCCCCUCUUUCCCAGGGGGAUCCUCCAUGUUUCCUGGACUCCCAGGGUGUUCCCACUAAGUCCCAACCAGGCAAACCCCCUUUCCUGAGAGGAGGUCCCCAUGUCCAGCCCAGCUGAGCCUCCCCUUUCCAUCCUGGCAUGUUCCCCCAUGUCCUGGAAAGAUGAGCACCCCCCUUUCUGGGGGGAAUCUAGAAAUGACUAGACCUGCUGAGCUCCCCUGGACCCCCUUUUCCUUCUGAAGGCAUCCCCCCAGGUCCAGGCCAACUGAGCCCUCCUCCUUUCCUGGGGGUGUCUCUGUGUCCUGGAUGGUCCCUCAUGUCCAGCCCAACUGAGCCCCCCUGGGCCUCCCCUUCUCAGGGUGUCCCUUCAUGUCCUGCCAAGCUGAACCCC